ACCAGACAGUUUCUGUUUCGUCGACAAUGGCUGCUAUUCUGCUCGAAACCUGGCUGCUUUAGGGGUUUAGGGCCGCAGGGGAAAACCCUACGACGCUUCCCGAAUCCGGAAUAGCCGCGGAAAAGGAAAAAAAAAAAAAAAUCCCCCGCAGAAUUGAAGUUGUUGAAACUCGCCCUGAGUGCUCGGGAAUGGAAGGAUUAAGCGUGGUCCAAGCCAAUUUGAAAGUCUACGUCGACCCUUCGCAGAGCAAGAAUCUCUCUUCAGCUAUCUUCCGCGAGCUCAGCGCCUUGCUCUUCAAGUACGAUGAUGCAUUCGACGGUGUUUUAUUAGCUUAUAAUGUUCAUGCUCCGGAGAACAAGGGGCGGAUUCUUCCCGGUGUUCAUCCGUUCAUUGCUGUGAGACUAGAAGCUAAAUUGCUAGUCUUUUCCCCUAAGCCAGACAUGCUCUUAGAAGGGAAGGUGGUGAAAGUGACUGAAGAGUCUAUUCAUGUCAUUGUUCUUGGAUUCUCGUCGGCUAUAAUAACGGAUGAAGCUAUCCGCAACGAGUUCAAAUACAAGACGAAACACGGCCAGGGCUUGUAUGUCAACAGAUCUAACAGGCGCCAUCUGAUUAAGGCCGGAACUAUGAUCCGCUUUGUUGUCAAGAGUAUGAAUGAAGAGACGCUCCACAUCUACGGAUCAUUGAUGCCUGCGAACACUGGAAGCGUCAAGAUAUUGGAGAAAUUUUCAGAGCAUACGAACACAGAAAGCGUUACAAUUAACAGCACUCCCAAGAAAAGGAGAAGCAAAGAGAAAUAUGAAGUCGCCCAGAUAACAGAGCACGGCAACCAUUAUGAUCCUUCACAGAACCAUUAUGAUCCUUCACAGAACCAUUAUGAUCGAGAAAUCAAGAAGUCGCGAAGAAGCUGACAACUCAUCUAAAGUGGGAUCAACGAAAUGUUGUAGUUAAGCUUGUUAUUGGUGAUGUGGAUUUUGUAAUAUUUACCCUUAUAUUCUUAGGGUCUGAAACAGCAACCCCAGUGAAUUAAUCCAAGUGUUCUUCCUAUCUUCCUUGUCCACAUUGAUUGGUAUCUUCACUUAAACUUCCAGAAGAACUAGUAACCAGUUUUUUUGUAUACGUUUCUUUGAAGGGUAUGGCUAGAGGAUAGAGGCCCCCUUUCCUCUGUAACUGAAGCAUACUGGUCCGCUAUCAAGGACCUGUAUUCGCGCAGCUGUCAGGA